UUUCAGAAUUAUUAGCUAAGGGAGGACUUCUCUAACGACUGGGUCGUUUCCGCUUCAAGUUUGUUUAGAAAAUUACCAAGAACUUAAUUAGAGUUAGCAUUUAUAAUUAUUUUUGUUUAUACUAUUAUAAAAGCGCAAAUUGACGGGUGGUUGCCAAACCUAUGCCAGUACGUCAGUUACCUCGCUAGCUGAUCUAAAAAAGCCUGAAAUUGGAUUAACAUCAGCUGGAGCUAAACUAGCAAGCCAUCGGAGUAGCGCUUGUAUUUCAUUUAACGUUAGCUAGUUGCGGUAUCUAGUUUUCUCUCAGUUAUACCCCAUGGCAGGACUUUAUAAUUAGCCUGUGACAGUGGUUUGGGACCAUAGAAGAUAAAGACCUCCUUGAUAUACCCUUAGCAUGCAUUAAGAAAAACUUUAUAGCUUGUUUGUGCUGACGUGAUUUUAACCAUCCGGUAGGCUUGUAACGUUAAGAGUUUACGUUGGUAGCUGGCUAGCUCGUUUGCUAUCUUCCUAGCUUAAACAUGGAUAACUACAAUCAACGAUAUGAUACAUCUGGCCACAGUCGAGAAAAUAAAUUGCACCGCAAAAAAGGUUUCGUCACAGGAGUGGUAAUGGGAAGUUCUGGAAAUGAAGACGCCGAAAGGAAACCUAAAUUUCCAUUAAAGAUUAAAAAUCUCACGGAUGAUGUGCUGGACCGCUUUGCCAGCAUCCGCAUCCCAGGUAGCAAGAAGGAGCGUCCACACCUCUCCACCAUCAAGCACUCCGCGUCCGCUGACUGCACUUCUGCUGAGUUUGAGGAACUCUCCUCCAAAAUCACCUCUGAGAAGGAGAUCCUGGCCUUGUUUGAGAAGAUGAUGGAGGAUAUGAACCUGAACGAGGACAAGAAAGCCCCUCUGAGGGAGAAGGACUUGAACACCAAACGAGAGAUGGUCAUCCAGUACAUCAUGACUGCUGCCAAAACUGGCAGUCUGAGGAGCAGUCAUCAGAUUUCUCCCCAGGAGUUCCUGAGCGAGCUGAAAUCUGGAGCUGUAGACGAGCGCCUCUUUGCCUGCCUGGACUCUCUCAGGGUUUCCCUCACCAGCAACCCUGUCAGCUGGGUGCAGAGUUUUGGUCAUGAGGGACUCGGGUUGCUCCUGGACACGCUGGAGAGACUGCUCUUCAAGAAACACCAAGAGAAAGUGGACCGGAAGAGUCAACACAAAGUCAUCCAAUGUCUCAGAGCCUUCAUGAACAACAAGUAUGGUCUGGAGCGGAUCCUUGGGGAGGAGAAGAGUCUGGCUCUGUUGGCGCGAGCGAUGGACCCUAGCCAGCCAGCCAUGAUGACGGAUGUGGUCAAGCUGCUCUCUGCUAUCUGCAUAGUGGGAGAGGAGAACACUCUGGAGAAAGUUCUGGAAGCCAUCACCAGCGAGGGCGAGCGCCGUGACCUCAAUCGCUUCACCCCCAUAGUGCUGGGCCUGAAAGACCGCUCCGUGCCACUGCAGGUGGCGUGCAUGCAGCUGAUAAAUGCGCUGGUGACGUCUCCGGACGAGCUGGACUUCAGGCUGCACCUGCGGAAUGAGUUCAUGCGCUGCGGCCUUAAGGAGGUGUUGCCGCAUCUGAGUACAUUGAGGAAUGAGGCUCUGGACAUCCAGCUGAAGGUCUUUGAGGAACAUAAAGAGGAGGACAUGAUUGAGUUCUCCCACCGCCUCGAGGACAUCAAAAGCGAACUGGAUGAUGUGGGGGACGUGUAUAACAUCGUGCUGAGCGUGGUGCGGGAGACAGCUGCCGAGGGCCACUUCCUCUCCAUCCUGCAGCACCUCAUGCUCGUCAGGAACGACUACUUCGUCAGGCCUCAGUACUUUAAGAUCAUAGACGAGUGUGUGUCGCAGAUUGUUCUGCAUCGCAGUGGCACAGAUCCGGACUUCACUUACCGCAAACGUCUCGAUGUGGACUUCAACCACCUGAUAGAUGUAUGUGUGGAUAAAGCUCGGGCUGAUGAGUUUGAGCAGAGGGCGUCUGAACUGGCACAGAAGUUUGAUGAGGAGUUCAUUGGGCGUCAGGAAGCUGAGGCCCAGCUUCUGAAGAGAGAUGAGAGGAUCACAGAGCUGGAAGCCGAAGUGCAGGCCUACAGGUCUCAGUUUGGAGCAGUUGCCGUCACCUUACCCAGUGCGAUCUCCUCUACCUCAAUGGCACCUCCUCCUCCCCCGCCUCCUCCUCCUGGUCCCGGAGGAGUCGGGGCACCACCCCCUCCCCCGCCACCACCUCUGCCGUGCGGGAUGCCCGGGAUGAUGCCCCCUCCCUGCGGGAUGCCCCCGCCGCCGCCCCCCGGCGGACUCCUGUCGUCCCCCACGCACCACCAGCUGCCUUUCGGCCUGCGGGCCAAGAAGGAGUUCAAGCCUGAGACCUCCAUGAAACGCCUCAACUGGUCCAAGAUCCGGCCGCAGGAGAUGUCAGAGAGCUGCUUCUGGAUUGUGGCCAACGAGGGGCGCUACGAGAACCCUGACCUGCUCACCAGACUGGCCAACACCUUCAGCUCCAACCGACCUGAUCCUAAAGCUAAGAAAGAGGAAGGCAUGGAACAGAAGAAACCUUCCAUCAAGAAGAGAAUCAAGGAGCUGAAAGUGCUGGACCCAAAGAUCGCCCAGAACCUCUCCAUCUUUCUGGGUUCUUUCCGAAUGCCUUAUGAGGAAAUCAGAAGAAUAAUCCUGGAGGUUGAUGAGGAGCAGCUCUCUGAACCCAUGAUCCAGAACCUGGUGAAGCACCUCCCAGAGCAAGAGCAGCUGAACUCGCUGGCCCAGUACAAGAGCGAGUACACCAGCCUGUCUGAACCAGAGCAGUUCGGAGUGGUGAUGAGUAGUGUGAAGCGGCUGAAGCCCCGGCUGAACUCCAUGCUGUUUAAGCUGCAGUUCGAGGAGCAGGUGUGCAACCUGCGGCCGGACAUCCUGGCCGUGAACGCGGCGUGCGACGAGGUGCGCAAGAGCAAGAGCUUCAGCCGCCUGCUGGAGCUGGUGUUGCUGCUGGGCAACUACAUGAACGCAGGCUCCCGCAACGCCCAGACCUUUGGCUACGACCUCAGCUCCCUCUGCAAGCUGAAGGACACCAAAUCUGCGGAUCAAAAGUCUACUCUUCUCCACUUCCUUGCUGAAGUUUGUGAGGAGAGGUAUCCUGAGGUGCUGCGCUUUCUGGAUGACCUACAGCACGUGGACAGAGCAAGCAGAGUUUCGGCGGAGAACCUAGAGAAGAGCCUACGUCUGAUGGAGCGGCAGCUGGAGCAGCUAGACAGAGACCUGCAGACCUUCAGCUCCCCUCAAGACCAGCAGGACAUGUUCACCACCAAGAUGACCAGCUUCUCCCAGCAGGCACGGGAGCACUACCAGAAGCUGGUCAUCAUGCACAGCAACAUGGCCGCGCUCUACCAGAACAUGCUGCAGUACUUCGCCAUCGAACCCAAGAAGACGUCCAUCGAGGAGCUCUUCACCGACCUCAGCAACUUCAGGGCCAUGUUCGCGCAAGCGGUAAAGGAGAACGUGAAGCAGCGUGAGGCGGAGGAGAAGCAGCGGCGGGCGCGGGUGGCUAAGGAGAAGGCCGAGCGGGAGAAGCAGGAGAGGCAGCUCAAGAAGAAGAGACUGCUGGAGGUCAACACAGAGAACGAUGAGACGGGGGUGAUGGAUAGUCUGCUGGAGGCACUGCAGUCUGGCGCUGCCUUCCGAGACCGCAGGAAGAGAGCACCCCGGCCCAGAGAUGGACCCGUUCAGUCAUUCAGCCCCAGCGCUCAGGGACACAUUCUGAGGCCCAGUACCUACGAAAACAUAAGGCCUGCCCUGCAGAGGUCCCGUUCGCGGCAGAACAUGGUGCUGACCUCCUCCACCCGGCCCCCCGCCGCCCGGGAGCCCCAUCAGGAGGCCGAGCCCCGCCGAGCAGCCCAGCGUGCCGAGAGGGAGAAGGAGAGGGAGAGGGAGCGAGAGAGGGAGCGGGAGCGGGAGAGAGAGAGGGAGAGGGAGAGCGACGCCUCGCACUCAGCCCCUCUCGCCAAUGGAGGAGAGACAGACGUGGAGGCCCUGCUGGCUCGACUGAGGGCCCUGUGAGCAGGGGGGGGCUAGGGCUCAUCACCUUUGACCCCCCCUUGACCUCUAACCUCCUCAGUCCCCAAGCAGUGCUUCAGUUGUUCAGGCGUGUGUGUGUGUGUGUGUGUGUGUGUGUGUGUGUGUGUGUGUGUGUGUGUGUGUGUUUAGGGGGUGUCUUUCUGGUGGUCUUUCUCCUGUCUCCUUUUCUCAUGUGGUAACACCUCCCUAAACCGUCCAUGUCUUAGCCCUAGUGUGAGCUGUGAGACACAGGAGCAGUCCCAGUACUCAACCCCUAUUCUAAAGACAAUCCCAGAGGUUAACCACUGCCGGCUUCUUAGGCGGCACGUGUUCGCCGUACGAGAGGAAAAUUGAUCUCAUUCCAUAAAGCCUGUGUGUAAAUGCAACAUGAUGGCCCGUGCGUGUCAUAAACACACACUGGCGAUGAAGGGAAGGAUCUCGCACCUGAUAGACUAAUGGCGUCUCAGUCGUGUUUAUGAGAGUGCCUCCCCUAUUCAGCUUUUUAUGGUGAUGUGGAGGGCAGCGGGCUUACGGAAACAGGUCCCAGGAGAUGCUGUGCAUUGUCAUUCCAGCGUCAUUCCAAUGAUUGUAAAUGACUGGCCCUCUCAGUGCAUUCAGCAGUGCAGGUCAUAAACACACACACACACACACACACACACACACACACACACACACAAACACACACACAGGAUACACACAUGUGAGGAUCCUCGGUGAUGAAGGGAAUGUACACAAGCAGCGCUGAAAUAUAUGUCAUCUGUUUGGCCAUCCACUCCUGCCUAUUCAAGCAGUCCAGCAUGGAGAGUCUUAGUGAGGGCGGUGGGGGUCCACACUCUAGUGUGCAUUCUGUGGCACAGUAACAAAGCACUUCUAAUCCCAACCUCUAAACACACUUAAGAUCUUCCCUUUCAGUAUAUAAAGAGAUAUAUGCCUAAUCAUACAUUAAGAGUGUUUUUGUAUAACCAAAAGAAAAAGUAUUUUUCCUUUCUAUAUUUAAAGAAAAUUCUAUGCAAUGCUUCUUAAACCUUUCACAUCUUUCAGAUCUUUUUUUUAUUAAUUGUCUUAUCUUAUAUCUAAAUAUGACUAUAUGCAAAUAAAACGUAACAUUUAUGCAGAGAAAAAUUCAAUGUUUUCUAUCUCCUGUCUGUUUCAGGCACUCCUUCUCCUAUUCAUAUAUAUGUUUGUAUUUUCUCUAUAAUGAUAUUUAGAUCUGCUUGUCGUUGAAAUGUCAUCUUGCUUUGGUUUUGAUAUGUUCCUUGCUCUAUGUGUUAGUGUGCGUGUGUGCGUGUGUGUGUGUGUGUGUGAGGGUAAUUUGUGUGUGUGCUCAUAUGUAUGUGUGCAUUGGACUGUUAAAUGCAAUUUUUAUGGGAUCCCUGCAUGUCUUAGCCGUGAUCAUGUCAAAGUUUACAGACGUGGGCACACUCCCAACAUAGUGCAAGAAAAAAAAAUCAUGUCCAAUUGCUACAUCUGAAUGUAAUUUCACUGUUUCUGUACUUCUAUACUGUAUUUCUUGGCCCUAAUUAAAAUGUUCCUCUUUCGUACUCUUAAAAA